CAAAAGUCACAACGUCCUUCUACGGUCAAGGGCAUUCCGAUCUCUCCUUCUUUCGGCUUCGGACGUUUGUUGUGCAAAGCGAAAAAGUUGAAAACCUCCUGUUUUAGAAAUGGAAAAGUCCCCAAUCAGAGUAUUAGUUACUGGAGCUGCUGGGCAAAUAGCUUACUCCUUGCUGUAUCCUUUGUCUAAGGGUGAUGUCUUUGGACAUGACCAACCUAUUGAACUCGUCCUACUUGAUAUUGAGGCUAUGCUUACUGUCUUGGACGGUGUUGUAAUGGAAAUGCAAGACUGCGCCUUGCCUUUGUUGAAGAGCAUUAUUCCAACCGCCGAUACUGACGUAGCAUGCAAAGAUAUUGAUGUUGCCAUCCUUGUUGGUGCCAUGCCUCGAAGAGAAGGAAUGGAACGUAAAGAUCUUUUGAGAGCAAAUGUCAAGAUCUUCAAAGCCCAGGGUGAAUCAUUAGAUAAACACGCCAAAAAGAGUGUUAAGGUUGUAGUUGUUGGCAAUCCCGCUAACACUAAUGCCUUCAUUUGCAAGAAAUAUGCGCCCUCUAUUCCUCCUGAAAACUUUACCGCUCUUACCAGAUUGGAUCAGAAUAGAGCUCAAGCCCAAAUUGCCACUAGAAUGGGCCUAGUUCCUCAAGAUGUCAAGAACGUAAUCAUUUGGGGAAACCAUUCUAACACUCAAUUCCCUGAUGUUAGGCAUGCUAAAGUUGCUGGAAAAGGAGUUUACGAAGCUGUCCAGGACGAUGCUUGGCUGAAGGGAGACUUCAUCAAGACGGUACAAACGCGAGGUGCGGCUGUUAUCAAGGCCAGAAAACUAUCGUCGGCAAUGAGCGCAGCCAAGGCGAUCGGUGACCAUAUGAGAGACUGGUGGUUCGGAACAAAGGGAGAUGAAUAUGUUUCCAUGGCUGUUCCAUCCGAUGGUUCAUAUGGUAUUGAGAAGGGAAUUAUUUACAGUUUCCCUGUACAAGCGAAACCAGAUCAUACGUAUUCAAUCGUACAAGGUCUCCAAAUUGAUGAAUUUAGCAAGGAGAAAAUGACGACUACUUUGACUGAGCUGCAAGAGGAAAAGUGUUCUGCCGAAGAAUUUUGUGGAUAUUGA